AUGGAAUUACAACAAUGUAGCAGCUGGAAAAGAUUGUUGUGUUCUGUGUUGAUGGAAAAGAAAGCCUUUCACCUCUCUUGUUAUGUGGUGAUCCGAGGAUGGGCCAAUCAUCACCCUAUUCGUUUGCCCAUUCACUCUCCACAACUCCAACACUACCUGAAUCUCAUCGAGGAUCAUCAUCUUGAUGAGUGUUUUAGUGUCCUUCUUCGUUAUAGGGACGAGGAAGGGGACGAAAUUACUAUCCGAAGCGAUGAAGAGCUUGAGCUGGCCUUUGAAAGCCUUUCUUCUCAAACAAGCCAGAAUGAAGUAGAGCUCUUUGCAGAUAUUGUCUUGAGGAAUAGUAAUAACAACAAUAACACCUGUUCUUUUUCAUCGUAUGAAGACGAUGAUCAAGAUGAUGCUGAGUUUUGCUAA